CUCGCUUUCAUUCUUUGCACCCCUUCUGUAUCAUCAUUCAUGGAUAAACGACAGAACACACGAUCGGAGGAGGCACCGGAGCUGUGGGAAAAAGACUUAAAAUGGAGUAUACACCGGCUUUACUCUCUGGACUCCCCGCGGACGAACACAGCGUGGUGGACAUGAUAGCCAAGUACCUGCUGCCGCUCCGGUCCCCGGGCAGACAGAGCAGCUCUGUCCGCAGAGGCAGCGUCGACAGCUGCGACGAGAAAGAGCACUCAACCGAUUCCCGUCUGCACUCGGGCCUGGAGUUGGAAGAGUACCUACUUUCGCAGGAUGUGACCCAGCAGUUAGAACGCUGUCUGACGGAGGCCAAGGCGUCCAGCCUCCAUUGCCAAGUGCUGCUGCUGCCUCACGGUAUGACCACCAGGGUUGGCCGGGAUGUGUUGGCGACCUCGGUUGACGAACCCUGCGGCAUCCGGGGAGCAUCCAUCAAGGUCUACGUGGACGGCAAAGACGGCCUCAAAUGUAUUGGGAACGUGUUCCCAGACCAGAGUGUCACCCCGACGUUUGAGCUGUCUGUCGUCUUCAAGGCGGAGAAGAACGACGGCUGGCCGUCUCUCAAACUCCUCUUUGAUUCUAGUAAAGUGCUGAAGCUGAGGCCAGAGUAUCGGCUGGUGAAGAGGAAGCUGUACUCUUCUGCCACUCCCGUGGUUCACGAUUUCAUCUCGGGGUGACGUUAUCGUCUUAUUGUUUACCUCCGAGUUUUGUAUCAGACCGAACAAAAACUGAAACUCUAGUUACUGUGAACUCCCUUUGUUUGAAUGUCUUACUUUAGUACCACAGUAUUUUUUUUUUACACACUGUAGACAUGACUACUUCCUGCCAGUAGUGGGCAGGUCUCACUCCAGGCACCUACUGUACUUUGAUGCAUUUAUUUAUGUUUUGUUAAAUAAACAGUUCACUUCCUUUAA